CCCAUACGACAGCUCCAGAAUAAAUUGAUCAAGUGCUGAACAUAUGUGACACACGCUUGAAUCCUGUGGGGAUCAAAAGUGGCCCAAUUCCAUAUUGACUGAUUUCUUUUAUUCAGCUGAUUAAAUGAUAACUUCUUUUGCACGGUACCCGUUAGCUGCGCCCCCCUCCCCCCACGCCUUGCCAAAUUUCUAACUGCUUCGCAGUACGUAAGGUGGGCCUUGGCCGCCAUUACAAUGUUACAGUUUUAUUUAACUGUUUGGGGAACCAUCGUCAUUUUGGACUAAUGUAAUUUCAAAAAGUAUUUUCUAGAGAAUGAAAACCUAUGCAAAGGGUGUGAAUGUAUGCAAUUCCAGUAACAGAAGGUUAGAAAACCGAAUAACGUUGAAUGCCAGCUUUUUCAAUUCCUCAUUACUCUGCUAUCAACGUCAGGGCGAGUCCAUGUGCUCCGAAAAUUGAAAUUAGGUUUAUAUCUUUCACUUGUCUGUGUCAUGAUUUUUUAUACCUAUUGAAGUGACCGGGAGACCGCUCAUUAAUGAUAAAAUGAAAAACGCGGAGAAUUUGUUGAAAAAGACACUGUAUUCACCAUCAAGCCUUUAACGCACUUCAAGGAAUUCAAAACUGAACGAAACGAGAGACGAUGCUUUAAAAGGAAAGCCUAAGAUUGAAAGAGAUGAAGUCACAUUCCCGUGAAGAUAAGGAAUCACCCAUGGAGUGGAGUCGAAUCUGCACAUUUACGAAGGAGGAGCAGUGUCAAAAAUUGAAAAACACUCUCCUCCAAAGACAAAAUGAUCCAGACCUGUUGGUCCGCGCGAAGAAAUUCACCGAAGCAGCAGAGGUCGAGAAAGAAAUGGAAACCUGGAAAAGAGAAAUAGAAGAGCUAUCAAAAUCCCGAACACUGAUCGUCCCCCAGACCCAGAAAGAGGCCAAGAACGACCCUGAAACGAUGAUAAAGUGCCUGACGAUCAUUUUCACAAUGGCCCAAGCAACAUCAGUAACGACCCUGACAUCAACCCUGAGAAGCCUCUUCAACAACCUGGCGCUCCCCAGUAUCGACCAGGACGAUGCAGGGGUCCAGGCCCAGGCUCUGAAGGC